AUGACCAUUCUCCGUGUGCAGCAGGUGCGCACGGCCUCUGAGCGCCAGCGUGACCCCAGCACAGCGCCAGCAGCCAGCGCGCACCCGGAAGGAAACGGCCACGUUUCGCACAAAGGAUCAUUGAUAAGGGAUUUCCCCUCUGUCUUCGCCGCAGAAGACCGCUGGAAACUAAUUUUCCUCAUCAGAAGUUCCUCAGAGACAGAUUUGGUUCUGUGUGGGCUUUUUUUUUUCUUUUUUUUUGGUGCCUGGUCUGGGAAACUGGGCUAA